AUGCAAUUAACAUAUGUAGAUUUAGAGGAAUUAUUUCCCAUCAAUAAUUAUGAAAUGGUUAUAGCAGAAGAAGUAAUCUUAGAGUUGGUACUUCAUUCUAGAAUACAUUAUAGAUUAUGUUAACUGGCUUAAGUUUUUAUAGUAUAUCAACUGAAUUAAGAUUCCUGAAUACUCAACAAAAUAAAAUGAACAUUGAAAUAUGGUUAGGAAAAGCCUUGGAAAUAUUUUAUACUUUUGUUCCUCAUUCAAGUUUAAUAUUCACUCAAAUCUAUUAAGUGUAUCAAAAACUUUAUGGAGUUGAUAAAUAAUCAAUAGUAUUUUAUUAUAAUCAUUCAAUUAGCCUGAAGAUGAAGAAGUUGAAUAUCAUACGAAAUUAUUAAAGCCUCAUAUCUUUAAUAAUAAAGCAACACUAUCAAAUAAAAUUGUAAUUGUAAUCAAAGUUCCUAUAUUAAAUAAAUAAAUUAAAGAGUCAUUUAAAAUGUCGAAUCAACCUAAUUCAACAAUUAUAAAAUUAUAACAAACUCUAACAGCCAAAAAAUAAAUACUAUUUCCAUAAAAACAUUAUGUUACUCAAUAAGAAACUGAAAAAAAAUUUGAAACAUAAUAAUAAGAAGAAUUAAUAAUUUCACCAAAAUAAUAAUAACAAUAAUAAUUAUUUAUAAAGAGAAACAAAAUACUAUAACCAUAAUUGGAUAUAAAAUAAAGAGUAGAUAUAUUAAUGAAUUAAAUUUUAAAUUAAUAAGCUAAACUAACUUAAGAAAAGUUAAAAUAGAAACAUAUACCUAUUACUACUUUAAAAUAAAAGUAUUAAAUUAGUAAUAAAGUUUAUGAUCAACCAAAAUUAUUGAAUCUAACAAAUUCAUAAUAAUUAAAAACUGCAAUUCCAAUUAGUAGAUCAUUGUCUAAUUCUCGUAAAGCUAGUUAAGUUCAUCUUUAAAGUUAAAAUAAUAAUAGUGCAAAGACUGCUUAAUUAAGAUAUAGAAAUUAGAUUAAUACCUUACCUGGUGAUGAACCUUCAAAAUAAAUUGCUUAAUAGAUUUCUAUUUAAGUUGUUAGUUUAAAUCGUUAAUCUAAUGUAUUAUACUCUUAAUUUUAAUAGAAAUACUUUCUACUAAAACGAAGUGAUUCUGCAAAAAAAUCAAAAAUACCAUUUCAAUAACGUUGA